CCCAUCACUCCUAGCAUGGUACCAGCAGUUUACUAGCUGUGUUGAAGUGCUGUCGCUGAACGUGGACCUUGGUCUGUAACGGAUUAAGGUCCGGUAUUUCCCUCGGGAGUUCGGUGUCGUUAACAAACUCGUAACGGGGCUGCUCCGGGGCAGUCUACAGGCUAAGCUAACGGCUAAGCUAACAGCGCUAACGGGAUGUUCGGUUGUUUGGUCGCCGGACGGUUGGUGCAGACGGACCCGGUGCAGGUCGCCUCGGAUAAGUUCGUCUUUAACCUGCCGGACUAUGAGAACGUGAACCACGUGGUGGUGUUCAUGCUCGGCACAGUGCCGUUCCCCGCCGGGAUGGGCGGGGCAGUCUACUUUUCGUUCCCGGACCCGACGAGCGGCGGCCCGGUGUGGCAGCUGCUCGGCUUCAUCACCAACGACAAACCGAGCGCCAUCUUCAGGAUCUCCGGGCUGAAGAGCGGCGAGGGCGGCGCGCACCCGUUUGGCUCCUUGACCGCGUCCUCCGUGGCUCAGGUGGGCGUGUCCGUGGAGUCUCUAGAGCAGCUCAUCCAGCAGACCCCAGUGUCUGGCGCUACAGUGUCCACCGUGGACUCGUUCCUGCAGUUCACCCAGAAGAUGCUGGACAGUCUCUUCAACUUUGCCUCAUCCUUCGCAGUGACCCAGGCCCAGAUGAUGCCUAACCCGGCUGAAACCUUCAUCCCAUCCAGCUGCAUCCUCAAGUGGUACGAGAACUUUCAGAGGCGGAUGGCUCAGAAUCCGAACUUCUGGAAGUCCUGAUGCUGGAGAGGACUCAGAGCAAAGAUAGUUUACACGUGGUGCCUCCAGGUUCUAAUAAAAUCUGUUAAUCUCAUGCAGUUCUACCAUCUCUGGUUCUGUCCGUCCACUGGGUCAAAGGACACCCCCCCCCCCCCCCCAAACGCUUUUGUAAUCACCUUUAAAACCCAGGUCAAGUUUUAUUAAAUUACUUUCAGGUGGACAUGUCAUGAGAUUGGACCGUAAGACAUCCUGUCUGGUUUGGUGACAUGUAGGAGCGUCUCUGAGGACUUUUUUACAUUAAUGGCCAUACUUAACCUCAUUCUAAUCAUAACCUACCCAAAAAGUCCUCAGUUUCCCUGGCUACUUAUUAGAGGUUGGGGAAGCCUUAGGACAUCUAUAGGACUUUAGCAAAUUUUAGGUUAUGUUGUAUAAUUGUAAGUGAAUGGACAUAAUUGUGUAUACAUUUGUUUUAAUACUUUUGAGUAUUCUUGAGUGGUUUGGCAGUUUUUCUCACUAUUAAAAUCCACAAAAUACCCCAAAUCCAGAUCAUAGCCCUCAAGCCUGAAAAUCACCCCAUAGCAAAACAGCUCGGGAUGCCAA